AUGGAAAACCCAGUGGCCGAUAUACCUAUAGUUAUCCGGAGUCUGACACAGUCGCCUCCAUCUUUGCAAGAAACCGUCCUCAAGCGGUAUUUCACCAACAAUGCAUCAUUUGUUCAUCCAUUCUGCCGAGUACCACACUUUGAAGGUAGCAGAUGGUGGGUGUCAAAGAUAUUCCAGUGGUAUAAGGUCAUGUCACCCCGGAUCGAGCUAGAGAUUCAUUCUAUCGGUAUGGACACCCCAAGGUUAUGUAUGGACGGCAUAGUUUUGACUGCGGACUCUGACCAUCUUCUAGCAUUCGAUGAGGAUAAACUCAAGCUCUAUGUGAAUAUGUCACAAGUCUUCUCCAUUUGGCUCGUUCCCUUCCAUGUCGCUCCUGUGACUCUUACUACGGUCUUGAACCUUGCGUACGAUUCAGUCAAGAGCGAUGCUACGACCAAUGGAGACCACAAGCUUUACUACAUUUCUAAGCAAGAAGAUUUGUAUCAAACAUCGGAGUUUGUCAAGUUCAUCAUGCCGCAUAUCGGGUAUUGGAUUAUUUUUGGUUGGCAUCUCAUUGCAACCCUUUUCUGUCUCCUGGGUGUAACUUUGCUAUGGCCUAUACUGUGGCUAGAAGAGAAGCGUUAUAUCCCCGAUCGGCUUUUGCGAGGGGGCAACUUGGCUUACAACAUGGAGAAGAAGAUUCCGGAAAUUAAAGGGCAAUGA